UGGAGGAAAUCUCUGUCACUCGCCUUCGGUGAACUCAGAGGUCUCUUAAUUCCAGCUUCGCCUUUGCUCCUAUAAUUCGGGCGAAGGAUAUCUGAAGCUCUGGGGCUCUGCAAAAUAAAUGUAGAAGACGUCUGGAGUAGUAAGGAACGUUCCUACAAGACCCGAGGAGCCGCCAUAACCUGCUGAUUGAGCAAGCUUCCUGCCUGAGGACAAAAUCCCCUUAGAACAUGUCUGAUAAAGAUGGCGCCCAGGAGAACCCUGCAGAGUACUGUCCAGGAGGAUACCAUCCAGUACAAAGAGAGGAGAUGCUGAACAGAAGAUACCAAGUCAUUAACAAGGUUGGCUGGGGCUAUUUCUCCACCGUAUGGCUGUGCCGUGAUUUACAGAAGAAGAAGUAUGUUGCAGUGAAAAUAUCAAAAAGUGGGAAGAAGUUUAAUGAAUCUGCACUGGACGAAAUCGCACUGCUGAACAGUGUAAAUGGAGCACGAAAAAAAGAAUCCCAAGGAGAGAACAUCAUACACUUCCUACACGACUUUAAACUGAUUGGAGAAAAUGGACUUCAUGUCUGUCUGGUUUUUGAGCUCCUGGGACCUUCUCUCCUACAUCUGAUGAAAAACUAUGGGCCAGAGGGUCUCCCACUGACGUGUGUGAAGAGGAUACUGCAGCAGGUGCUUCAAGGUCUGAACUUCCUUCACAAGAAAUGUCGCAUUAUCCACACUGAUAUUAAGCCAGAAAACAUCCUAGUUUGUGUGAAGGCAGACAACUUCCAGCAGUAUAUGGCAGAGGCAGAAGUCUGGAACCACAACAGGACCCACGGAAGUACAGUCAACGGGGUAGAUGCCAACUUCUUAUCUCAUCUUUUUGAAACUGGAAAUGCAGACAUGCUUGGGGUGAAGAUUGCAGAUUUGGGAAGUGCAUGUUGGACGUAUAAACCAUUCUCUGACGAGAUCCAAACUCAACAAUACAGGGCACUGGAGGUCCUGCUGGGCUCUGGGUACAGUACACCAGCCGAUAUAUGGAGUACUGCGUGUAUGGCAUUCGAAAUGGCUACUUCCCACUACCUGUUCGAGCCACAAGCUGGGGAAACCUUCUCAAGAGAUGAUGAUCACAUCGCAUGCAUUAUUGAACUGCUCGGCCGCAUACCACCGAAAAUCGCCUUUUCAGGGAAAAAAUCUGCAUCGUUUUUUAAUAAACAAGGUGACCUCCUGCGGAUUCCAUAUUUAUACCCCUGCGGCCUGUACGAUAAUCUGGUGAACCGGCACAAGUGGCAGCAGAACGAGGCGCUGGCAUUUGCCAGUUUGCUCUUACCGAUGCUGGAAUAUUAUCCAGAAAAGCGAGCGUCAGCUGAGAAAUGUCUGGAACAUCCAUGGUUACAAUCCUGACGACAUCCUGGCGGGCUCGCCACUUUCUUAAUAUUUUUAUACUUUGCAUUGUCUGUCGCUGUUAGAACUUAUA